UUCUGUCAUUUUAUCCAAAAAGAGUCACUUGUGACCGUGAGAGGGACCUGAAGGUGUUCCUGAUUUUUGCAGAUAUGGGAGUUCUUGUCCUGGAGGUUCUAACCAAGCGUGAGCACCUGCCCCUUGGCCGGGCACAGAUCACGAAGCUGUCCCAGCUGUCCCCCAGCCACCCCAUCAAAGGCUCCUUUGCUGUGGUGUCACCAACAUCGGAGAAACUCGGAGAGCUGCAGGUGUCGCUGGUUCUAGAGCCUCUGCCCGAGCUGUAUGACACCAGCAGCUGUGUGCCAGCCACACAAGGAGGCUCGGGUGUUGCUGCUGCCCAGGGAAACAGCAGGUGCCAGCCUCCUGCUCCACCCCAGCAGCCCAGGCACGCCCCGGGGACUGCUCAACAGGAGGAGUCUGUUGACAGCAGCAAAGCCACAUCUCCUAGAGGAAAGGACCGUUUCCUGUACCAAGAGAACUCUGAAAACAUGAAGGACACCUUUCCUGCUCCUCAUCGCCAUGUGAUUUUGCCAGAUGAAGAUGUGGAAAUGAGCCCUGAGAGUCAGCCCCUGUCGUUCCCCACCAGCGCCGACCCCAAAGCACUUCCCAGGGGCAGCACACGGGUGCUCUCUGUGCACAACCCAGCCACCAAGGACCUGCUCUCAGCUCUCCUGGAUCAGGGCAGUAAACUCCGUGAUGCCAUGGUUGUUUCUGCAAUGAAGUCCAGCCCAGACAUGGAGAUGGAACUGAAUAAAUUGUCUCAUUUUAUAGAGAGAGAUGAUUUUCAAGCACCAACAAAGAGCCCAAAAGGCUUGAAGUCCAGUUUUGUGCCCCCUCCUGGAGAUCCCCAUCACCUUGGAUCUGAAGUGUCAGAUGAGCAGUUUGACCUAAACUCUGAAGAAAGAGCAAUCCAGUUGCUCUUGGGCAGUGCUGACUUGUCCCCGGGGCAGCUCUGGGAGCGCACGGGCUCGCUGUGGGAUUCCCUGUCCCUCGGCAGCGAGGUGUGCGACAGCGAGCUGGGCGAUCCCCUCUACGACCACAGUCUGCUGGAGAGGCUCUUCUACACAGCCCCUAAAUCUGAUUCGAGUUUGAGUGAUUUCCUCAGUGAUGAUGAUGUUAAAGCCUCAAAAAAAACAUCCAAGACAGAGACUCUCAAAAAAACAGGUCCAGUGAAUCCACAGAAGGAUUUUCAUGCCUUUGAUCACAAUGUGAUGGAAACUAAACCCAGCUGCUCUCCCACUGCCCCUCCAGACGACCCCAGAGAAAUGUCUCUUCUCACAUCCUUGGGUGCAGACAGGUUGGCAUUGCUGCAGCGAGUACACCUGGCCAGAGUCACCAUAGAAAGCCUGAAAAUCCCUCCUGAGGGCAUCCAGACCUCCCCCAGGAGGAAGGGUUUGCUGGGGAAGCCUCCACGGCCCAUGUCUGUCCAUAAGUGCACCUUCUUUGUGGAGUACCACUUUCCUGUGAGGGUCUCCAAGGAUGGAAAGGGACAGGUCUCCAUAGCUACAGAAGCAAUUCGAGCAGCCUCAAGUAAAAUCACAGAUGAUGUGGUGAAGUUCCAGCAGCAGUCUGUGUUCCCUGUGUGGCUGGGGGAAAGGAUGGUGGAGCACUGGUGGGGCUCUGACCUGGCUUUUAAAAUCUACAUGAAAAAAAGCACACAGAAAAAGCCCGUGGCCAUUGGCUCAGCAGCGCUUCAGCUCCGCAGGGUGAUUGAGGCUGAGCUGCUCAGUGUCAGCUGGGACAUACCUGUGGAAAAAGAGGGAGAGCACACACAAGUUGGGCCCCUAAAGGUGUCCCUGCAGCUGGUGGCCGACGCCGCUGCCGGGUCACACGUCCCCCCAGCUGAGGAGCAGGGCUUGCUGCUGCACGUGCUCCUGAUGGUGCCUGAUGGAAAGGACUUUGUGGCUGAAGGCUCUGGCCUCCCCAGCUCCUGCAAUGUGUAUCUGAACUGCAAACUGCUCAGCACUGAGGAGGCAACGAGAUCCGCUGUCGUCUGGGGCACGAGACAGCCUGCCUUCAAUUUUUCUCAGGUGAUGCCUUUUUCGUUGACCUCCAAACGCUUGGAGCGGCUGAAGAACAAUGUCAUGAUCAUUGAGGCAUGGAACAAGCUGGGAAGCCCUGGCUCUGACAAAUUGCUGGGAUUAGUGAAACUCCCUCUGCAUCAGUUUUACAUCUCGUUCAAGGAUCCCAGGGUUUCCCAGCUGCUCCUGCAGGCUCAGUACCCGGUGGUGGCCGUGGAUGGCCCCGUGCCCGUGGUGGACGUUUUCACGGGCAGCACCCGUGGCAGCCUGAGGGUCACCCUGGCCAUGGGAUCGGCUGAGCAGAUCGUGGCCCUGCAGAGACUCAGAUCUGAGGAGGGAAUGGUGCCCCCAGUGGCACAACGUCCUCCUCACUCCCUGGACCAUCUGGCUGCACAACCCACGCUGCAGUUGGAGCCAGGAGGGGAAGACCUGAUGGAGCACGUGUUUGAGAUCCACGUGGAGAGUGUGAAGGGACUCACUCCCCUGCAGUCUACGGUCUGGGGAGAGGCUGACUGCUACAUCCAGUACUAUUUCCCUGUUCAGGAGGCUGGCUGUGGUGCACUGCAAGGACCUGGACUGCAUGAGGAUGGCAUCACAUUAAAGCCGUUUAGAACAGCUACCACCUUGUGUGUCCCUGAUCCCAUCUUUAAUGAUGAACAUCAUCAUUCCCUGUUGGUUCCUGCUGAUGUCCCAGUCCAGAGGCUCCUGGUCAGUGCAUUUAUGUCACCAGGAGCAGCAGCAGGAGGAAUCCAGUUUGAAGUCUGGUGCAGGUAUUAUUACCCAAAUGUCAGAGACCAGCUGGUUGCCAAAGGGGCCCUGCCUUUGUCACGGCUCUGUGCCAUGGUGACUCUGCAGCACCGCCAAGAAAUAGGGAUUCAAACUUUUAACCUUCCCUUGGUGCCCCGGAGUGAUUCCUCAGAGGAAUUUCAUCUGCGGUCUUCAGCCCCAGUUCGGGCAGCGCCUGUGCUUCCUCUGCCCGCUCGUCACCCACAGGAGCACCGGGGAGGCCUCUUCUCUGGGGGAGCUCCUGCAAUCUGGCAGCGUUUUAUUCUCCGUCUACCAUCAGAGCGCCAAGUCAGCCACUGACAAGCUGGCUGACAGAACAUCCCGAGAUUAUCUUCUUGGGACCGUCACGAUCCCAACCAGAGACCUGCUGACAAGGAGAUCAGGUGUUUCAGGCUGGUUCCCAGUGACCCUCUCCGAGGCGCCGCUGUCCCCACAGUGCCCGAUGGAUGUUGAAGGUUCAGGGAUCACCAAUGGCCAGCCACAGGAAGAGGACGUGGUGUUUCUGGAAAACACGGUUGCUGUCAGUAUCCUCGUGGAGAGAGCAAUGCAUCUCAGUUUGAAAGGGAGUCCCCUGACGGAGCGGGAGGUGGCCGCCCCCAGCAGCUGCGUGUCCUUUGCUGUGGCUGGGGCAGAGGCUCCCGUCACCACCCCCGUGGUGGCAAACACAGACUCACCAGUGUGGGACUUCCAGCAGCAGGCACGAUUAUCCAAAGAGCUUCUCCUGGAUCCACAGCAAACCUUGGUCUUCAAAGUGUGGCAUAAAGCAGAGUCGGAGCGCGUGAUCGGGUUUGCGGCCGUGGAUCUCUCUCCGCUGCUCUCGGGCUUCCAGCUGGUGUGCGGCUGGUACAACAUCACCGACUUCAGCGGGCAGUGCCGGGGGCAGAUCAAGGUGGCCGUGUCCCCUCUGCAGAGCGUCAGCAGAAUUCUGCGCCAGGUUUCCAUGAUGUUGAACUCCUUGUCAAAGGAAGUCAGCGUUCCUGCUCGAGAGCAGCUGGAUUUUGGGAUUGAACAGAGGGCUGUUUUCAGCAGGAUGGGCCCCGCUGGCACACAGCCCCCCCGGCACGAGGAGCACAUGCAGAACGUGCGCCGCUUCCACGAGUGCCUGCAGCGGCAGGAGNACGAGAGCACCCGCUGCUACCUCAGGUACAAGCUGUACAACCAGGAGCCCACCUGCACGUGGCUGCGGCGGCCAGAGCUGAGCCACGACAUGGAGAGCGUCACGGUGAGCUUCGGGAAAGCCAGCACGGUGACCCUCGGGAGGAGCCAGGGGCUGCUGUGGUUCUUCAGGGAGGAGAGGUUGGAAAUCCAGGUGUGGUGUGCCUAUGGCAAGGACAGUGAGGCGGAAAGACCCCUGGACACAGAUCGUCUCAUUGGAUCUGCCUACGUCGACCUGGCGGCGUUGGCAGAGGGAUCCAGGAGAGCGCUGAGUGCUUAUUUUCCCCCUCUGACCCAAUUUCUUACCACUGCUUGCAGAAAGAACCUGAGUGAGCUGGAUGAGGUUCAGAGGUACUUCAGUGAGAAGCUGACCAGGUCUUUUCCCGACUUCAGCACGUCCAGGCCAGGCCAUGAGGAGCGGCAGAGUGACCAUCAGGGCUCCAUGGGCAGAGAAGGGGAUCCCAAAGGCUGCCAUCUCUUGGAAAAAUCCAGUCAGUUGGUGUCCCAGGUCAGCAGCCUCAUCAAUGACUUGCAGACCAUGACUAAGAGCAGCAAGGCAGCCUGUGGGGAGCAGCAGGAGAGCAGCAGGAAGGGGGGCGCCUGGGCUGUGCCCGGCUGGCAGGGGGCAGGAGGCAGCCCUGCAGCUCCUGAGGGCCCGCUGGAGGUGCCAGCUGUGCCCAGCAUUCCCAGGGACGCGCAGCAGCCGUGCCCUGCGGGCAGAGCCGUGUUUGGCAGACACAUGUUGCACCAGCUCCUCGGCCCCAUGGUCCCUGAGGAUGAGCAUCCUUUUGGCCAGGAAAAUGAAGAUGCUUUUGCCACCCAGCCUCACAGCGAGGAGGAGUAUGAAGAAGAUGUGAUAGAACCACGAACUCUGAAUGAAAUAACCACCAUGACAGACAGGACGAGCCCCUGGUCCAGCAUCAUCUCCGAAACAGGGCAGGGGGCUGAGCUGCAGCCUCUGGAGCCCAGGCCUGAAGGGCAGCAUUCCGUAGAUGUGGGGUGUUUCCAGAGAGGGAACAGCAGCACCUUGUCCAGCACGCUGCAAGGGGACAGCCAGGGCCUGCCCAGCGCCCUGAGCCCACCCGUGAGCCCCCGUGUGGGUGGGAGCAGCCCCUGGGGAGCUGCAGGAGACCUGCAGGGCUUCCACAGCAGUGCAGGAACAGCAGCAGGAGACCUGCAGGGCUUCCACAGCCACACAGGAACAGCAGCAGGAGACUUCCAGACCUUCCACAGCCACACAGGAACAGCAGCAGGAGACCUCCAGGGCUUCCACAGCCACACAGGAACAGCAGCAGGAGACCUGCAGGGCUUCCACAGCAGUGCAGGAACAGCAGCAGGAGACUUCCAGGGCUUCCAGAGCCACACAGGAACAGCAGCAGGAGACCUGCAGGGCUUCCACAGCCCCACAGGAACAGCAGCAGGAGACUUCCAGACCAUAAAGGAAAGUGUGGAGCUCCAUGCAGGCUCCAAGGAGCUGCUGCCAUCCCCAGGAGACAUGGGUGUGAGCAAUGAAAAAGGCACUGAGAGAGAGGAGGAGGAGGAUGCUGAGGCUGUAAAUGGGGGUCAUCAAGGCAAGGAAGGCAGUGGUUCUGAUGAGAACUGUGCUCAGAGUGUAUCAGCCCAAGCUGGCUCGGAAAGAAACAGCGAGAGCUUCCCAGAUGACAGCAGUGAGGAGCCAGUGGAAGGCUCGGAAAACCCCAUCAAGCAAAAAGUCACCUUAUCUGAUCCUGGGGUUGUUCCCAACUUCUUCCUUCCACCCCAGGAGAUGGAAGCCUCCAUGAGACUGCUCUGCUCUACUUCUUCCCAUCCUUCCACCCCUCCAAAAGGCAGCAGUGGAGCGGUGCCUGCAGGGAUCCCCUACCGGAGAGCGGCUCGGCCCCGGCCCAGCCCGCAGCUCUCGCAGGAGGAGGCCCAGAGGAUCGCCAGGAUCUUCUCUGCUCAGCUCUCCACCAAGGAAUAGCGCUGCCCAGAGACCCUGCACAGCACAGCUCCUCACCAGGCACGGGCAAAGGCAGAGCCCCCCGGGGAAGGGGAGUGGAGGCCGCAGCCUUCAGGCUCUCCUCUUAGUUUGCCUCAUGGGUUGGUUAAUUGGAGUCCCCUGUUUAGAAGGGCUUAAAGCCUGUGGCACCCACAGGGAGCUGUGUCCUGUAGGGGCAGGUCCCCAGUGAGACACACCCCUGUGGGUAACCCAUGACCUGUUAUCUGCUCUCCAACUAGUCAAGUUUUAGGAUUUAUUCCUGUGAAAUAGCCCUUUCAAAAAUAGUUGGUGGGCAGCACAAUUCUCUGUUUCCUCAGGUGCCCAAAGUCUGUGUGAACACAGACCAAGGGCACAUAAAAUCUGGUGGGUGUACAAAAGAGGGUGACUAGAAAGAUGAGACUUUUAUAUUUAUAUUUAAAUUAUUUUUGUACACCUUUCAGAGAACAGACUUUGAUGCCAGCAGAGCUCCGUUAUUUUUGUACUGCUCUCUCCAGUGUUUGUUUCAAUAAAAUUCCCGUUUUCUUGUCA